AUGAGCGAGUGCUGCAAGACCGGAUUCCGCUGGACGGGGACUCCCGAAGGCAAAGAGACCAAGGUCGCAGGUCUCGACGCCUACGUGUCCGGAUCGAACAAGGACGCUGCCAUUCUCAUCGUCCACGACAUCUUUGGCUGGACAUUCACCAACGCUCGCGUUCUGGCCGACCACUAUGCCAAAGAGGCCGAUGUCACCGUGUACCUCGUCGACUUCUUCGGCGGUGAACUCGUAACGCCAGACAUGAUGGAGGACCCUGAGAAGGCAAAGGACUUUAACGUCGGAGCCUUCCUCGGUCGCCACAACAAGGCCGCGAGAGGUCCCGAGAUCUUUGCUGCAGCAAAGGCACUCAAGAAUGAACUUGGCUACAAGAAGCUCGGAGCCAUUGGCUUCUGCUACGGCGGAUGGGCCGUUUUCCAGCUCGGCGCAAAGGGCAACAACUUGGUCGAUGCCAUCUCCACCGCCCACCCGUCGUUGCUCGAAAAGUCCGAGAUCGACGCCGUCGGUGUGCCGGUCCAGAUCCUGUCUCCCGAGAUCGACCCGCUCUACACCGAGGAGCUCAAGGCCCAUUCGAACCAGGUUAUCCCGACUCUGGGCCUCGAGUACGAUUACCAGUACUUUCCUGCCCUGCGGCACGGAUUCGCCACGAGGGGAGACCCCAACAACGCCGUGCAGAAGAAGGGCCUGGAGCGCGCCAAGAAUGCCGUCGUUUACUGGUUCGCCCAGCACUUGCAUUGA